AUGCUUGUCCUCCGUCUUCGUCUUCUGCUUCUGCUUCUUCUCCCAGCCUGCCUUGAACUAGCGCAGCAAAACGUAUGGACCAGCCACUUAUUUACUACCAACACCACCACCCGCGCCUUCACCAGUCGAACUGGUCGACCAUCAUCUAUUCUUAUCUCUAUCGUCUAUUUGUCUAUCAUCUACCGUCGAGUAGAUCAGUCUGGUCUGCCGUCGAGUCUAUGGCCGGCCGUUGUGUCGUUGGACCAUGAACAGCUCCAGGCUCAAUUACUGGCAUUCAACAUGUCAACUCCAUCACACUCCCAUCACACGCCCACAGCCUGUCAGUGGCUCUCUCUCCCUGUCCGUCCCCCGGUCAACCGCCAUCCUUUCUUCCCUGUCCCCUGCCCCCUUCGAAGCCGCGGCAUGGCCUGA